GUCGCGCCGUGCCAAUCAGCGCCGUGCGGGCCGUACCACGGGGCAGGGCGGGGGGGGAGCGGCCUGUGCAGUGUGAGCCGUGUGGCGGCGGGGCUGUGCGCUGUGUCCGCCGCUCGGGCCGCACCGGGGGUCGUUCAGCCUCAGCCCCGUCACGGGCCCCGCCGCUCCCCAACGCCGCCGCCGCCCCUUCCUGCCCCCAUCGCGCCCCCCGGCCCGCGGUGUGGGAGGCGCCGGGUCCGCUCGGAAGAACGGCGCCGCGCUCAAUGCCCGGGGUGUUCUGGUGGAAUUCACGUCGCACAUUUAUGGCGAUUCUGAGCGUGAGGGCAGAGUUCUGCCAGGCCCAGCACAGCGCCCUGGCCGACAAGUGAGAGCAGGGCCUUCGUGUGCCACACCUACAUUGCCUUGAGGACUCCGGACACAGUGAGCACACUCAAAUAUAUGGGAUAUCUCCUGCACUUUGGAAGCAUAUUCCUUUUACUGACUCUAGCAAAACUAAGCGUCAAGAAAACAAAGUGGAGAGAAAACCUGCCCUUACUUUAUUGCCUCACCAGUGCCUAAAUGUAGAACGGGCUGCCUAGUCCUGCACACAGAGUUGUGGAGCCUGGAGGAUACCACAUGCAGUAACCGAGGCCCAAGUUGAAUUCAAGUGGAUUCUGAAGCAAACCUGCUUUUGUAGAAGCGAGAUCUUUAAGGAACAAACACGUCAACUCAAGCUCUGAUCAAUCCCAGUGGUCUUUUAAUGUUUUCUGCUGUGAAACGUUUCCAAGGUUAUUGAUCAUUUUCUUUUCUCUUUUUUUUUAAAAUUUUUUGGCCCCUCACACAUUUUGUUGCCAUUAUGAACCGUCCGGCCCCCGUGGAGAUCAGCUAUGACGGUAUGCGUUUCCUCAUCACUCACAACCCAACCAAUGCAACCCUCUGCAGGUUCAUAGAGGAGCUGAAGAAGUACGGAGUGACAACCUUGGUGCGAGUCUGUGAUGCCACCUACGAUAAAGCUCCCAUUGAAAGAGAAGGAAUCCAAGUUCUAGACUGGCCGUUCGAUGACGGAGCACCACCCCCCAAUCAGAUAGUUGACGACUGGCUCAACCUGCUGAAAACCAAAUUCCGUGAAGAGAGUGGAUGUUGUGUCGCUGUUCACUGUGUUGCAGGGUUGGGAAGGGCUCCUGUCCUGGUUGCUCUUGCACUGAUAGAAUGUGGAAUGAAGUAUGAAGAUGCAGUGCAGUUUAUAAGGCAGAAAAGGAGGGGAGCUUUCAAUUCCAAACAGCUGCUUUACCUUGAGAAAUACCGACCUAAGAUGCGAUUACGCUGCAAAGAUGCCAACAGUCACUGCUGCGUUCAGUAGGAGAUCUCAGACGAAGAUGGCACUGUUUUCUGGACUCUUGGCACCUGGAAAUGUGAAUCUGGAAUCAAACUGCGUCAUCCAAUUAGUGGUGGAGUCGGUGCUCCCCAACCCCUGUCCUAAUGAUAGUGAUGAUUGGAAAAAAUAAAAAAAAUUAAGAGCAACAUUUUAGUGAAGGAUUAUUUUCUCCUUAAGCUGCAGUUUGAACACCUGCAAGGAGAAAACCGGUUUCCAAACCCUCUGUAUUUUUAACUUUUUAAGAAAAGAAAUAAAGUAAAUUUUAUGUCUAAGGAAAACCAGCAGAGCAUUGGCUUGUGCAGAAACUUUUCUUGAUCUGAGGAAAGUACCCCGUGGUUAUGGCCUGCUGCAUUACUGCCAGUAGGACUCUGCUAAAUAGCGUUGCCUUUCUUUAGCAGCCGGCAGACAGAUGUGAGAAGCCUUCUCAGUGCUGGGGAGUGACCUGCUGGCCUUAGCCCCAUCUGGGCACCCCUGGGAUUCCCCAGUGGUUGUGUUGUGUGUCUGCGUGGCGUUCAGAGCUGCAGGGGGAACCGAACUGACCUGUGUCCAGCAGACUCAGUGUCGGUUCAGCACUUGAACGUAGUGCAAUAAAGUUCUUGCAGUAAAACGUC